UAUAAUUCAGUCUUUGUGAUUCGGCGUCAGGAUGCGUCCAACGAGCAAACUGCUGUCCAUCUUAUUAUUCUUCUGCAUCGCUAAGGUCAGCCAAUCAGAGCCUUCUUUGCAAUGCACUACGGAUAUUACAGCAUACCAACUUGGACUCACAUCGUCUCUGAAACCUUGGGCACUUAAAAUGCUCGACUCGUCGACAAAGUUGCCUCCAGACGGACUUUUGCAAGGCACUUUCCUUUACCAACUUGGAAAUUUUGAUGAAUGUUUAUCCGUCAACGGUCCAUUGAACAAUGACGGUGAUCCAAGAUUUAAAGGAAAAUUUUGUCGCGUGCAGUUAGGGUUCAAGGCCAAUGGAAAAACUGAACCAAAAGUGAAGCUCAUGCUAAAUAUGAUGAAACUUGCCUACGACAAAAUUUCUUCAGGCGCGAACUUAUCAGAUUCACGUGGCUACUUAACGUCUGUGGAUUCCCAUGCAAGCCUUUUUCCCGAGACCGGUCCAACAAUACCUGCACAGUGGGCGGUCUGUGCACCUUCCUCCUGCAAUGCAGAUGGCGUAAAAAGGGUGGCUGAUUUCAAUUUGGGACUUUUCUUCUCACCCCUUAACUUAGAUGUUUCGACUAGGGUAAUUGAAGAUUCAUGCUACUCCAUAGAUGACGGUUCUAAAGAUCUGGACACCGGUUCUUGGCUAUUUUUGAUUUUCUUUAUCUGUUUGACAACUGUGAUGGCAUAUUCUACUGUCUGCGAUUAUGUGUGGCCUGAACAUAAAGCCUUGAAUGUGAUUGUAAAAGCUUUCUCAUUGAGGACAAAUUUGCGCGAACUUUUCACCCUUCCAAAAAGUGCCGCACCUGGACAAUUAACUUGUUUGCAUGGAAUCAGAGUAAUAAGCACCUGGUGGGUCAUUUUACUGCACUGCUACAUGAUAAACAUCUCUAUCCCUCCUAUCAACGCUCUACUGGCAUUAGAAGCGUACCGUUAUGAUUGGACGAUGGCACCUAUUUAUAGCGGUGGUUUAUCAGUAGAUACAUUUUUCCUUCUUAGUGGGCUUUUAACAGGCUACGUUGUCCUGCUUGACCAAAAGAAAGGCAGAUCUUUUAACAUUUUCAAAUACUACGUGUUUAGAUAUAUCAGGAUUACGGCUCCAUUGGCUGCUGUCGUGUUCUAUCUUGCAACAUUACAUGCAAAAAUGGGAAGCGGACCAGUUUGGGAUGUGUUUACUACGAUGCAAGCACAAAAUUGCGAGAAAAACUGGUGGGCAACGCUUCUUUAUAUAGUGAAUUACUACAAGCCCAUAGAAACUUUUUGUGUAAGCCAAGCAUGGUACUUGAUGGUCGAUAUGCAGCUGGCGCUUUUGGCCCCAAUUGUGGUUUUCCCACUGCUAAAGUGGCCGAAGUUCGGACUUGGAUUGAUAGGACUUUUAAUGGUUGGAUCAAUGGCUAUGGAUUUUGCAUACACUAUGAUUUAUAACUUGCCGUGGACAAUCACAUUCUUGGUUCCGGAAGAAACGACCGGAGACUUUAACUAUUUGAUCUACACUAAUACGCCAGCGAGAGCCGUGCCCUACUUAUUUGGGAUGAUCCUUGCUUACAUUUUGGCAAAUAAAAUGACGAUCAAAUUGCCAAAAUGGAGCGUCAUCUUAGACUGGAUUUUAAAUACAGCUCUUUGUUUGGCGAUUAUUUAUGUCAUUAUCAUUCCCUAUAGUAAAGGGUACGAUUAUGAUAACAUCAGCGCUGCGUUCUAUGCAGCAUUUCACAGGCUGGGAUGGUCAGUUGGCGUAAGUUGGGUCAUUUGGGCAUGCGUCAACGGCUAUGGAGGACCUGUUGACUCGAUCCUUUCGUGGAAAUAUUUCCUUCCAUUAAGUAAAUUGAGUUUCUGUGCCUAUUUAGUUCACAUGGACCUCAUGUAUUAUCACAUGUCCAUAAUAAGGUCGUUAAGCUACCUCUCUCACUUUGAAAUGGUUUUUGAAUUUCUUGGAAACUUGAUCAUGAUGAUUCCACUCACUUUCUGGCUAUACCUGGCUGUGGACGCGCCUUGCCAGGUCAUCAUUCGUGCAGCAUUUGGGAAACCAAAUCGAGCAGCUAUUUCGAAAGAGGAUGAUGUAAAGCAUCUCAAAACCGAAAAGGCUUCUGAAAAAAUGGCACCGUCUGUGAAUGAAGAAAAGCCUGAAGUAUCAAAAUCAUUAGAAAACAAUGAGAUCGUCACGGAGGACAAUAAGAAAGAUGAAUUGGAAGAGAUUAAGAGUACUGGUGCAAUGCUCUCUACAAAAGUUGGGGAAUUUCUGUUAUUAUUUUAUUUCCUCCACUUUUGGUUGCCUAUAUGCAGAGCCGACUGUGAAAGUGACAUUGCCGCUUACAUUCAAGGUCUCCAAAGCCAGGAAAGAGAAGAAUGGGCACUGACAAUGCUAGACUCGUCGGCAAAAAUACCUGCAGGACUGAUUGUGACUUCAUAUCAAACGCCUAUGGGCAACGUCAUGACGCACUUAGGGAAUUUUGAUGAGUGCGUAUCACUUGAAGUUAACCAGGGCGAAUUAAAUUUCAAGGGGCAGUACUGCAAAGCAACCAUGCAACUGUCAUCAUCAGAAAAUAAGUUUGAAAAUAUAUCUCUCCCUGGUCAAUGGGCUGUUUGUGCACCAUCGACUUGUGGGCCAGAAGGAGUGAAAGAGGUGGCUGAUUUUAAUUUGAACUUCUUUCUAUCACCCUUCAACGUCACAACUUCGACGACAGUUUUGGGACACACAUGUUAUUAUGAUGGAAACGGAUUCAAAAAUCUAGACGCAGCGGCUUGGGUUUUUAUAUCUUUUUCUACUAUACUGAUUGUUUGGAUAAUUUGCUCGACCGCUCUGGAAAUUUUAUCGGAGAAAAAUUCGUUCUUCCUUGUAUCUGCCUACUCUCUGAAAUCAAAUUUGCGCGAUCUGUUCAAAAUUCCCAGAAAGUUUCAGCCAGGGCAGUUGGGUUGUUUAAAUGGUAUUAGGGUUCUGAGCACCUUGUGGAUUAUAUUGUGUCAUACGUACGGUAGUGGAUCUGCAUACCCUAACAUUAAUAUGCAAGAUGCAUAUAAUAAGUAUUUAUCGGAUCCAAGCCUAACUGUUAUAACAAAUGGCGCUCUAGCGGUUGACACAUUUUUUUUCUUGAGCGGACUAUUGACUGCCUACAUUGUUUGCAUGGAAAGAUUGAAAGGGCGGCCUUUUAUCGUGUGGAAAUAUUACAUUUAUAGAUAUUUGAGGCUGACCCCGCCGUACGCAUUUAUGAUUUUUUACCUUGCUACAAUUCAUCGACUAUUUAUCACCGGCCCAUAUUGGGAUUGGAUCGAGUCGGCCCAUCAGAGGUGCUCGAAAUGGUGGUGGCUGAACUUGCUUUACGUGACAAAUUAUUUCAAAAGCAACGAGGCACCUUGUGUGGGCCAAGCGUGGUACCUAAACGUGGACAUGCAGCUCAGCUUUUUGGCCCCUUUGAUUCUCCUCCCUUUAUUCAAAUGGCCCAAACAAACAUUGUGGGCAAUGGGAGUUUUGAUUUUGGCGUCGAUGAGUGCAACCUUCGCCGUUACUUAUACGGAACAUUUGACUUGGACGGUCACAGCAACCUUAAUACCAGGGGCAAAAGAUUUUGGAAAGCUUGUUUACAGUAACACCCCAAUGCGAGCGGUCACCUAUCUAUGCGGAAUGCUUUUAGGUCACUUGCUUAGCAAAAAUCGCAAGGUGAUCAUUCCUCUCUGGGCGGUGUUACUUGGCUGGCUAUCAAGCACUGCAAUAUGUCUCUCCAUCAUGAUGACAGUUUCAAUCACUUAUCAAGACGGAUUUGUCUAUGACCCUCUGCAGGCGGCUUUUUACGCCGGUUUCCACAGACUUGGUUGGUCACUCGGCCUUGGCUGGGUGAUUUGGUGCUGCGUAAAUGGAUACGCAGGGCCUGUUGACAAGAUUCUGUCAUGGAAAUAUUUUGUACCACUCAGCAAGUUGAGUUAUUGCGCUUAUUUAGUGCACAUGGACGUUAUUAACGCACACAUGGUUCAAACAAGGGUUCCGAAAUAUAUCAGCCAUUAUGAAAUGAUGUACUUAUUUUUUGGCGAGCUUGUAAUGUCUACCCCGUUUACUUUAAUUCUCUACCUAGUGGUUGAAGCACCAAGUUUGAAUAUUCUUCGCACCAUCCUAGGAAAAAAGAAGAACGAAACAAAAAAAUCCCUUGAUAAAGAAAACAAGAUCAAUGAGCAGUGAUAAGAAUAUUAAAAUUCCCCCAGAACAUUAAAUAAUGAUAAUGGUCAACCAGUGCAUGUAAUUGACGUAAAAGCUUUUGAUUUCUGUAUAUGUCAAGGUUGUUUGGGGGGGGGGGGGGACG